UGCGCGCCACGGUCACACUAAAUUUGGAAAUUACAAAUUAAAAAAAACUGCUCCAUUUUGCCAAUUUUAUUGAAAGUCAAAAAGUUUACGACGUGGAUAACGGCAACGAAUGGCUAGUCGUGGAGCCGGCGCCUCUAUGGUUCACACGACGGUGACGUCGUCAUCGCUGACGACGGUGGAGACGAUCACCAACGUGCUGACCACGGUGACCUCGCUCCACUCGAACAGUGUAAACAUCUCCAACAACACAGCGUCCUCGGGGGCGGACGGCGCUGGCGGUGAUGGGGCCGCAACGGCCGCCGAGACGGAUGCCAGCAAGCCGAUGUACCCCCGCCUCUUCAAUCGCAUUGUGCUAACGCUGGAGAACAGCCUGAUACCGGAGAGCCAGAUCGAUGUGACGCCGUCCAGCCAGGAUGGUCUGGACCACGAGACGGAGAAGGAUCUGCGCAUACUCGGCUGCGAACUAAUCCAGACGGCGGGCAUCUUGCUCCGUCUGCCGCAGGUGGCCAUGGCCACGGGCCAGGUGCUCUUCCAGCGAUUCUUCUAUUCCAAGAGCUUUGUACGCCACAACAUGGAGACGGUGGCCAUGAGCUGCUUGUGCCUGGCCUCAAAGAUCGAGGAGGCGCCGCGACGCAUCCGGGACGUGAUCAAUGUAUUUCAUCACAUCAAGCAAGUGCGGGCGCAGAAAGAAAUCUCGCCCAUGGUGCUGGAUCCGUACUACACGAACCUCAAGAUGCAGGUGAUCAAGGCAGAGCGACGCGUACUCAAGGAACUGGGCUUCUGUGUCCAUGUGAAGCAUCCACACAAGCUGAUAGUGAUGUAUCUGCAGGUGCUGCAGUACGAGAAGCACGAGAAGUUGAUGCAGCUCUCCUGGAACUUCAUGAACGACUCCCUGAGGACGGAUGUCUUUAUGCGCUACACGCCGGAGGCCAUUGCCUGUGCCUGCAUCUACCUGAGCGCCCGUAAGCUGAACAUUGCGCUGCCCAGUACUCCGCCCUGGUUCGGCAUCUUCCGUGUGCCCAUGGAGGACAUCACGGACAUUUGCUACAGGGUAAUGGAGCUGUACACACGCCCCAAGCCCGUGGUGGAGAAGCUGGAGGCCGCUGUCGAUGAGCUGAAGAAGCAGUACAUGGACGCACGCAACAAGACAAAGGAGGCCAACACUCCGCCGGCUGUGAUCACUGUCGAUCGCAACAAUGGAUCACACAAUGCCUGGGGUGGGUUUAUUCAGCGGGCUGUUCCCCUGCCGCUGCCCUCGGAGAAGUCGCCGGAGAAGGACUCGAGGUCGCGUUCCCGCUCCAGGACGCGUACACAAUCGCGUACGCCGCGCUCCCGUUCGCCAAGAACGCGCUCGCCGAGCCGCGACCGCACGAAGAAGUCCCACCGCAGCCGUUCCACGCGCUCACGCUCCCGCACACCGCCCAAGCACAAGAAGAAAUCGCGUCACUACUCGCGCUCGGCCACGCGCUCCAGUUCGCCGCACAGCAAGCACCGCAAAAUGAGAAAAUCCUCGCGGGACCGCAAUGACUACUACUCGAAAAAGGAGCGGUCGGGGCACACCGGCAGCAGUAACAAUGUGGGCAACGACGACAAGUAUCGCAACUCGAGCUCCAAUUCGGGCAAGCAUAGUCGCUAUGCCUCAUCAUCGCAUCGCAGCAGUGGUGGGGACGGCAGAGGCGGCGAUGGAAGAGGCAACGAUGGGCGUGGAAACCAUGGAGGCAGCCGUGGAGCCCACAAGCACCGGGAAAGCGAUCGCUCCAGGGAUCGCAAGCGUUAGUGAAAAGAAAACCAACCCAGAAACACUCCACACCGUUUUGAUUUAAUUGCUUUUGCAUUUUACGACCUACAGAUUGUUUGUACCGACCACAAACCUGGCAUUAGUUCGACUUAGUAACUGUAACUAACGUAAUGUAUAAUGUAUAAACUGAACUUGAACUCGGGUAAAACAAUAAAUGUAACUCCUCAAUCAAGCA